AUGUCGCACGGCGGCGGCGGCCCAAGCGGCAAUCGCGCCGACGGCGACAACAACUCCGUGCCCGGCAACUACCCGGAGCACCCCUCCUAUCCGGACAUCGAACAACCGGAAAUGGAGGAAGCAACUCGGCAUCAAUCCGCGUAUCGGCGGAGCCAGAUCCGGAACCUACAUCGUACCGCCGCAGAGGCCCCUCCUGCGACCUCUGCCUUCGGAGAUACCCCGGCUCGGUCAAGAGCAAACACGGCAAUUCGCGCCGGAUCCGACAGUGGCUCCGACUCCAUCAUCCUUCGAGGAAGCGACGGCAACGAUUACAAGCUCGGCAACAACAAGACCUCUGUCCGAUACUUGCAUCGCCAGAUUUCCGCUCAAGAGGCUCGCACAGAUGCCCUCGUGGAUCGCAUGACGGCAACCGUCGUGGAAGCGAUGGACAAAAGCUUCAGGGCGUUUGAGGGCAAAUUUGAGAAACGCCUCCAGCGAUUGGAGAACGGUCCUCAACAGCGCGACGCCGCUCCACGAGGCGAACAAUCCGGCUUCGCCAUUCCGCCCGAAGGCGUGCGACUGGGCGCCCACGACAAUCUUGAUCAGCCCUCGCCUCCGGAAAACUUCUAUCGCCAAAUGGCUAGCGGAUCUCGGCCCCCGAUGCCGGCUGCGACGCCGUCUCGGUCGGCCCCACAGGAGCCGUAUCGACAUAGGGAUCGCCAUCCUGGCGCUUUGUCGACCGAAUCGCAACCUUUACCGAGAGUCUGGGUGAGGAGGCAUCCCGUCAGAUCCUGGGGCACUUUCCAAGCCAUUCUCGGCGGCUCAGCCAUCCUCUGGUGGACCAACGAGCUGAUGGCGGCCCGCCGUAUUGAACUGCGGUCGGCAGGCCUACUCGCCAUCCUCGACGAACUGAUUGUUAGAUUUGGCCCAGAUGCCGCCAACGCGACCAAGAGUUUCUACGACUGCAAGUUGUACCUUCGCGAUGUGGCCGCUGAUGAACAGGCAUUGCAACAAUUUGUUCAGAAGAAACUACGCUGGGCACGCUCGAUGCGCAUGCUCGGUCCAGACCAUUCUAACUGGAGCAGUGCCAUGAUGAUGAUAUGGAGUCAUAUGGAAUUUGAAAUUCAACAAUGCCUCCCUCGACCAGAUGAGUUUACCAGCCUCUCGGACUAUAUGAAAAAGAUCGAGAAGUCUCGGAUCAUUGUCAAUUCCGCCGCGCUCAAAUACUAUCCACAUUUGGUCAAGAAAUCCUCGAACAAAUCCAGCCUGAAGUCGCUCGACAAGGUCGAAGACCGGCCUCGAUCCUCCCGAUCUUCUUCUGACCGCCGCGAGCAGUCUCGCAGCAGCCGUCGCGAGGAACGUUACCGGGACGAUGAGUAUCGCCCUCGUGACCGCUACCGCGAUAACCGUCGUCGUGACCGAGAUGGUAAUCGUGACCAGCGGAAAGACUACGACCGUCGCGACAAGGAAAGGGAUGAUCGCGGUAAACGGGACGAGAAAGACAGGAAGCAUCGAGAUGACCGCUACCGCAAGGACGACCGAGACCGUGACCGCAAGCGCGAUCAUGACCGAGUACAUUUCGCAGAGAUUGACGACGACUCGGGAUCCGAUGUUGACCACUCGGAUGCCAACAUGCGAAGUCAAAGGCCCUUUACGCUCACAACGAAAUUGUCAAGCCAAUCUGCAAAAUCCAGCGCGCCGCACCUGCGGGCACUGCGGGGAGCUGGCCGGCUCCCGCAACGCCCUAUUCAAGCAUCUGAAGCAUUGAAGACGUCGAAGUCUGUUUUCGACCCCGGCGCCGGCCGUUCGAUUGUCGGCCGCAACUUCCUUCGCAACCUCGACCACACUAUCGAGAAACGGGAGGGAAAAGUCUCAGGCGUUGGAGGAGGCAUUUUGAAGCUUAAGGAAUGGGCGACCUUCAGCCUCUAUCUUCCUGGUAUCGAAAACGGGAAGAAAACAUUGUUCAAGUUCACCCGAGGCGCCUGGGUAAUUGACAAGCUUCUUCCUAACCUCCUCCUCGGAAACGACUUCAUGGAUCCUUACCGCGCCAACAUCGACUACGACACUAAGAUCGUACAUCUGCGCGCCAUCGACUUUGCCGUACCUUUCUCCAUUCGAGAGGCGAUGAUUCCCGUCAACUACAAACCGCUUCCCAAAGGGCGUUCGUUUCUUUUCAACGCGGAACACGACGCAGCAUUUCACGCAGUCAUUACGGCAAAAACCCCCAAGGUGGUAGCCGUCAAGAACACUUCCCGCGGAACAAUUACGAUCCCGAAGAGAUACCCCGUUGGAAAGAUUGACGAGAACCACGACAGUGGGUUCCUGGCUUGUUCCUGGAAUACAGCUUUUAAGACGAUGGCAGUGGGCGCGACAUUGAUGUCAAUGGCGAAACCUACUACAAUUGGCGAUAUCGAGCCGGCCAACUUCGCCCUGCAAAAUACCAACUCCCUGCCAGUCAGCGCCGAAUUUGACUUCGACAAGCGCACCGCCGCCGUAGCCGAACAUGACCUCGGCCUGCGCGCGCCUGAUGCUCCCACGGUGGAAAACUAUAACGGCACUUCGUCAACGCCGUCCACCCUCGGCAUUCGGAUGGUUGACAACCUACCCGAAAUUGUUACGAAGGAGGGAGUCCAUAUCUUCGCAGAAAACUCGCAAUUGGCCGCCCGCUUUGCUGAACUUGUGCGACGGUUCCCGAGGCUCUGGGAGGAUACAGGUCUUAUAAAACUGCCGCCUGAACAGCUCAUGCGAGUUCCGCUCGUGGAAGGAUGGCAGAACCAGCGGGUCAGCUCCCGUUCUUAUCCUCUCAGCCGCCGCGAUCGUCAGCUGUUGGACGAAAUCUUCGACGGUCUUCAUAAACAGGGAAAGAUGAUCUGGGCUACGCGUGCAACGCCGUUUGCGCAUCCAGUCUUUGUCGUCUGGCGAACGGUCAAGGGGGUAACCAAAGGUCGAGUGGUCAUCGAUCUGCGCGGAUUGAACCGUGUGUCAGUCCCUGACAACUACCCUCUCCCUUUGCAAGCGGAGAUCAUCGGCAGUCUGCGAGGAAAGCGGUACAUCACAGCGAUCGACGCCACAGCGUUCUUCUAUCAAUUUGGCCUCCAUCCACCGCAUCGAGAUCGCUUUACGUUGAUCAGCCCUCGCGGACUCGAACAGCCAACAGUGUGCCUCAUGGGAUACCGAAACUCGCCUGCCCACGUUCAACGAAUUAUGGACCAGCUCCUUAAGCCGCAUGCGGAGUACGCCCGUGCCUUUAUCGACGACAUCGUUAUCUUUUCGAACGAUGCCGAAGACCACCUGAAGCACCUCGAACGCAUCUUUCGGUUAUUCCACGACAAGAACGUCGCCAUCGCGCCCACCAAAUCCUUCAUCGGCUACCCCAGCGUGGAACUGCUCGGCUUUCGCGUGGACAGUUUGGGUCUGACCACCACCGCUCAACGUGUGGAAGCAUUUCGCAAUUUAGCUUUUCCCAAGACUUUGAAAGCUCUGGAACAGUGGAUUGGCGCCACUGGCUUCCUUCGGCACCUGAUUCCGUAUUACGCCCAACUGUUGGAGCCACUUCAGAAACGCAAAACGGCUUUGCUGGCGCAGGGCCGCGAAAAUGGUCAACUGGUUUCCGGCAAUCAGGGAAAGAGAGCCAACUACUGUGCGAAGACGACAUUCGAGCCCUCGGAAGCAGAACGUCUGUCUUUCGACUCAAUCCAGAAGGUUAUCUGCGCGGAGAACCCAUCGAUCUUGUACCAUUUCGACCCCGACAAGCCGCUCUUCUUGCAAGUCGACGGCUGUUUGGAACGCGGCUGCGGCGUCAUGGUCUUCCACGUACAAGAUGGCUACGAAUGGAAACCGGGAUCCGUCAUUCCAUCCAAGCAAGUUCAACCGGUGAUGUUUCUUAGCCGAUGCCUGACAAAAGCCGAACUGCGAUACGGUCCAUCCGAACAGGAGGUUGCAUGUCUGGUUUGGGCAGUCAAGAAACUUCGAACAAUGAUCCAUUCGUCGCGCCAUCCUGUCAAUGUCCUGACCGAUCAUUCUUCGACACGCGGUAUUGUGGAACAAACCCGUCUCGACACUUCGUCAACCGACCGCUCGAAUCGACGGCUGAUUACCGCAUCAGUCUAUCUCUCGGAAUACGAUCUCAAGGUCUUCCACUUGCCAGGAAGAUUGAACUUCGUUCCCGACGCAUUGAGCAGGCUUACCGCCGUGCAGGAUAAACCGGAACGGGAAGAAGGCGAAGUCAUUCUCGACAACGUCAUGUUCGCCUGGGCAGAGGCGCAAAUGGAUGAUUCCUUGAAAAACGAGUUUAUCGCCGCUUACCACGAAGACUCGAAAUACAGCGCCAUCAUCAAGGACUUGAUCAGCGGCGAACCCGCUGAGGGCAGCGGAGAAUUUUUUCGCCCCGGCCUGCCAUUCGUGUUGACGGGGGGACUUCUCUACAAUAUUCGCCCAGACGGCUUGCGAUCCAUUUGCAUUCCGCACAAGAUGGUCAAAACAGUGCUGAGCAUGGUCCACGACCAGAAGCAUCAUUUCGGUGUUGACCGUAUGCUUUACGAUCUUCGUGGUGUCUCAAUGGUGAACCAAGAACUCGCCAAGGUCACGAAAGUUUGCCCAAGCACUGCCCCGCAGUGCAACCGUUUGUCUUGCAAGUCGAGCAAGCGAACACUUCUGAUCCCCGGCCACACAACGUACACGGCACAACAAUGGGGACAAGUCCUGAUGCGACAAUUGUUUCUUUCCGACUGGGGAGUUCCAUCUGCCAUCAUUUCUGACCGGGAUCGCAAAUUUACGUCAGAAUUCUGGCAGGCCAUGUGGGAGUCGCUGGGAACGAAGCUUCUGAUGACGGCGGCGUACCACCCGCAAUCCGACGGUCUGGCUGAGCGAAAAAACCAGACAGUCGAAAUUGCAAUGCGGUUCUUUGUCUUCGAACGACCAGAGGCGAAUUGGACCGACCUGAUCACCCCACUGCAAUGGAAUCUCAACAGCAGUUACUCCGCACCAAUUCAAUCGUCGCCGCACGAGCAGCUCUUCGGAUUCAAGUUGCCGGGACCUUUUGAGGCUUUGGCUAUACCACCAUCGGUGGAAAGCGACAUCCCAUCUAUGCGAGAAUCGCUUCGGGAGGAUGCCCGUCUAGCGAUGGACUUUGCAGCCGCCCGCGCGAAAAGGCGGUACGAUGCAAACCGUCGCGACAUCGAGUUCAGGGAAGGCGAUAAGGUUUAUCUGCGCCUGCACAAGGGUUAUCACCUACCUGGAAACCCACCUCGGAAACUUUCGCAACAACGCACAGGACCGUUCGAAGUUGUACGCCGCGUCGGCCGAUUGGCAUACGAAUUGAAGUUUCCCGAGAACAUGGGCAUCCACCCGGUUAUCUCCAUUGCGCAUCUGUCGCCAACGCCACCCGGCAACGAUCCGUUUGACCGACACCCCGUGCCACCCGGGCCAGUGGAAGACUCGCAAGCUUCCACCGAUUCCGCUCCCGGAGAGGACUACGAGGUCGAAGUCAUUUUGCGCCAUCGCGUGACACGGCGCAAAUACGAAUAUCUUAUUAAAUGGAAAGGAUGGGGACACGAGCACAACGUCUGGAAGACAGAGUACGAAUUGCGACACACGCCUCGCCUUCUGAAGGAAUACUGGCAACGGCAAGGAGGCCAACCGGCACUACCCGGCGACGACGCCACCGAGCCGCGGCGUAAGCGUGGCCGCCCGCGAAAGAACGUCGCUCCAGCGGAAGAAGCUCCCGCCGCAAACAGGGAGCCCGAGGUGCCUCCGAAAGAUGGUAGACGGCGUAGCCGGCGGUUGGUGCCGACCGGGACGAUGCCGACACCCGCCUCGGAGGAGGCGACGCCCGCAUCUACAACAGCGGCACCACAAUGA